GAGAGACUAAGUCUCAAAAAGAAAAAAAAAGUAAGAUCCAAAGUGGUACCGUAAUCCAUGGUUUACUCAUGACCCACAGUUUGGAAAACACCAGGAAGAAGGAAGGGAGAAUGAAUAAUUGGGGAAAGGGCAAGAGAUAGGAAGGCUGAAGAGUCUCCAAUAUUUAAAACGGUGAGAUUUCAUGAGAGACGUGGCUUACCUGCUUCUCUUGGGGGAUGUAAGGGUGUGGGCUCUGAAGCAGUCAAGUGUGAGAAGUCUGACGUCCUUUCUCAGCCAGCCCCACACUAGGCACUGGAAGGUGAGUCACUCUGGUGAGGUGAUUGGGAUUGGAUGAGAGCCAAGUAGGGACGGAAAGUGCAAAGGAGGAGGAGUGCAGGGCUUUGGAAGAAGGAAGGACCCCAGGGCCGGUCAGGGAAAUGACAAUGAGAAACUGAAAAAGGGAAGGGAAGACAAAGAUGAAAUGUGGCGUGGGGUCUGCCUGGGCAUGUCCAUGCCAAGUGCCCAGGGCUUCUUCCUCGGUGUGGGUUCCCUGCCAGAUGUGUGGUCCUCAGCCCUCGCUCUCGCUGGCGGAGCAGCACCUGGAGUCGCCCGUGCCCAGCGCCCCGGGGGCCCUGGCGGGCGGUCCCACCCAGGCGGCCCUGGGAGUCCGCGGGGAGGAGGAGCAGUGGGCCCGGGAGAUCGGGGCCCAGCUGCAGCGGAUGGCGGACGACCUCAACGCGCAGUACGAGCGGCGGAGACAAGAGGAGCAGCCGCAGCACCGCCCCUCGCCCUGGAGGGUCCUGUACAAUCUCAUCAUGGGACUCCUGCCCUUUCCCAGGGGCCACAGAGCCCCCGAGAUGGAGCCCAAUUAGGUGCCUGCACCCGCCCGGUGGACGUCAGGGACUCGGGGGGCAGGCCCCUCCCACCUCCUGACACCCUGGCCAGCGCGGGGGACUUUCUCUGCACCAUGUAGCAUACUGGACUCCCAGCCCUGCCUGUCCCAGGGGCGGGCCGGGGCAGCCACUCCAGCCCCAGCCCAGCCUGGGUGCACUGACGGAGAUGUGGACUCCUGGGUCCCUGGCCCAGAUGCUAGGGAAGGGAGGGCUGACGGACUCAGCAUCAGAAGGCGGCGGUGACCGAGGGGGUGGGGACUGAGCCGCCCGCCUCUGCUGCCCACCACCAUCUCAGGAAAGGCUGCUGUGCUGGUGCCCGUUCCAGCUGCAGGGGUGACACUGGGGGGCUCUCCUCUCAGUGCUCCUUCACUCUGGGCCUGGCCUCAGGCCCCUGGUGCUUCCCCCCCUCCUCCUGGGAGGGGGCCCGUGAAGAGCAAAUGAGCCAAACGUGACCACUAGCCUCCUGGAGCCAGAGAGUGGGGCGCGUCUGCAGGUUGCUCCAGCCCGGCGCCCAGCCAUCUUCCCUGAGCCAGCCGGCAGGUGGUGGGCAUGCCUGCCUCACCUUCAUCGGGGGGGGGUGGCCAGGAGGGGCCCAGACUGUGAAUCCUGUGCUCUGCCCGCAACCGCCCCCUGCCCCAUCAAUCCCAUUGCAUAGGUUUAGAGAGAGCACGUGUGACCACUGGCAUUCAUUUGGGGGGUGGGAGAUUUUGGCUGAAGCCGCCCCAGCCUUAGUCCCCAGGGCCAAGCGCUGGGGGGAAGACGGGGAGUCAGGGAGGGGGGGAAAUCUCGGAAGAGGGAGGAGUCUGGGAGCGGGGAGGGAUGGCCAGCCUGUAAGAUACUGUAUAUGCGCUGCUGUAGAUACCGGAAUGAAUUUUCUGUACAUGUUUGGUUAAUUUUUUUUGUACAUGAUUUUUGUAUGUUUCCUUUUCAAUAAAAUCAGAUUGGAAGAGUGGA